AUGGUGCAACUGCGAGCGCGGGCGUCCCGCGUCCCCUCGGCGGCGGAGGCGAUGGUGGACGAGGAGCCGCCCGCCUCGGAGGAGGAGGAGGCGGCGGCGGAGCACGGGCUGCUGCUCGGGCAGCCCAGCAGCGGCGCGGCCGCGGAGCCGCUGCAGGACGACGGGGACGAGGACGACGAGGCGCCCGAGGAGCGGACGUUCGCCAGCGCCCAGGCGGAAGCGCGGGAGGAGCAGCGGCGAGCGCGCGAGACGGCGCGCAGGGACAAGACGCUCCUGAAGGAGAAGCGGAAGCGGCGCGAGGAGCUGUUCAUCGAACAGAAGAAAAGAAAGCUGCUUCCAGAUACUGUUCUAGAGCAGUUAACUACAGCUGCACAGGCCGACAUAAAGAAGUCAAAGGAAGUUAAUUUUGAAAAGAAAAGUGAAGGCAAUGAAAAAGGAAGUAACCCCAAGAAGUCUAAAAUACAAAAAGUACAGACUGUCAGUCAGACUAAAAGUUACUUGGCUGUAAGGCUGAAAGACCAAGAUCUGAGAGAUUCAAGGCAACAAGCAGCCAAAGCCUUCAUCCACAAUUCUCUGUACGGCCCAGGAACCAAAAGAACUACUGUAAAUAAAUUCCUGUCUCUGGACAACAAGAGGUUACCUGUGAAAAAGGCUGCAGUGCAGUUUUUGAAUAGCACUAUGGGAACCCAGAAACAACAAAAUGCCAAGAGGUUCAAACGACGGUGGAUGGCUAGAAAGAUGAAGAAACCAUAUAAGUGAACUGAACUUAAAGCUGAAUGAAGAAUCUAUACAGAAUUUAGAAUUAUUUAAUGUAGGUUUCUCAUAAAUACUACAAAAACUGUCAGCCUGUUCUGGGAAGGUCCCUGGCUACAUUUCUUUCUAGAAUACAAUUGUGCUUUUGUCCAUUAAAUUAAACAUAGGCAGUGCCUACUCCA